UUCUUAUCGAAGUGUACAUUUCGAUUUCGAUGUACGAAAAAACGACUGAAAAGUGGUCGAAAACCGCAUUUUUGUCACAAACACCAUUGAGAAAAGUUGUCAAUAAAAAUGUUAUCUAUGCAAUCUUUCCGUAGUAAAGAGCUGAUUUCCAAAACCUGACUGCGCCCAAUUUCGUUCGUCCUUCCUACACAACUCUAGUUGCGCUCAUUUCACCCUGUCCUUCAAGCUUAGAACAAAAACGUCAAAACACAACCUGCACUUGAAUUCAAACAACACUUUUACAGUAAAUUGCUCAAAUUAAAGGUAAAAUUUCAUUAGGAAAUUAACUUUUUGAAACUGUGCAAGAUAUGGAUUUCAGUGGCGUGGCAAAUCAAGAGAUCCAAAGCCUGAUAUCUGAGGGCAUUCAGCUAUGGAGCACCAGCCAGGAAGUGCUGGAACAGCAGGCUUUGAAGGAGCUCGAAAUACUUGCAGAAGAAGCCAGAGACAAACAGCCCCCGGUCAUUUUUGACCUUAAGAAAGCCUCCCCUGAGGAGCAUGAGCCUAACAGUUCAGAGCAUGAGUCGAACAGUCUAGAGCCUGAUCCGAACAGUCCAGAGCCUGAUGACGACUCGGGAAGCGAUUAUAUUCCUAGUGACGCCGAACUGGCAGAGCGUCAACCAACUAGGCGAAAAAAAGGGCGUCUAAAAACGGCCAGCAAGAGAAAACCUGCCGCAACCUUAAAAGUCACUGAUGAUGCCCUGGAGGAAAAUUAUCAAGCGCGCCUGGAACAGUACUACACACGGCUGGAGCAGGAGCUGCAGGCCGUAGGCCCUAGUGAAGGCAAGGACUACAAGAAGCUAAAAGGGGGACUCAAAGCGCCCAAAGACGCUUGGAACAAGCUCUACGAGUACCAGAAAGAGGGCGUCUACUGGCUGUGGGAGCUUCAUCAAAGGUCCAGCGGUGGCCUGUUGGGCGAUGAAAUGGGGCUGGGCAAAACUGUGCAGAUCAUCGCCUUUUUCCACGCCCUGCAAUACAGCCGGCCCAUAUCAAACCACUGUAAAUACGUAGGACUGGGGCCCACUAUAAUCGUCUGCCCGGCCACCGUGAUUCACCAAUGGGUCAAGCAUUUCCACGAAUGGUCGCCGGAGUUUCGAGUGGUGGUGCUUCAUCAGUCCGGGACCCAUCAGGGGCAAAAGGCCAAACUGAUAGCCGAAGGGAACCGCAAUAAGGCUAUUCUAAUCACUACAUAUGCAGCUGUUUUAAAGUACAAGGGGAACCUUUGCGAGCACAGUUGGCACUAUCUGGUGCUGGAUGAGGGCCACAUAAUCCGGAACCCGUCAGCUAAAGUGACAGUCGCGGUGAAAGAGUUGAGAACCCCGCACAGAAUCAUGCUCACUGGCAGUCCGAUGCAGAACAACUUGACGGAGCUUUGGAGCUUGUUUGAUUUCACGAAUCCGGGCAUGUUGGGGAACUUGGCGGUUUUCACCGAGCACUUUGCCAACCCCAUAUUGCAAGGGGGCUUUGCGAACGCCAGCCCCAUGCAGGAAGCCACUGCGCUUUCAGUGGCCUCCACCCUGAAGAACGUAAUUUCUCCGUUUCUGCUGCGCCGCAUGAAAACCGACGUCAAGGACCACAUCCAGUUGCCUCACAAGAGCGAGCAGGUGCUGUUCUGCUCACUAACAGAGCAGCAGCGCGAUAUAUACAAGGACUACUUGAUGAGCGAGCAUGUCAACAACAUUCUGGGGCGCGGAGCGAAGCGCUGGCGGAGCGAGAACUUUAUGAAGGGCCACCUGCUGAUGGCAAUCACCGCGCUGAGGAAAAUCUGCAAUCACCCCGAUCUGUUCAUACACGAUGAGGGCGACGACGUCGCUCCGGAGGAAAACUUCGGCAAUUACAAAAAUUCGGGGAAGAUGGUGGUGGUGUCAGCGCUGCUAAAGAUUUGGCGAAAACAAGGCCAUAGAACGCUGCUGUUCUCCCAGGGGCGGAUAAUGCUGCGCAUUUUCGAGGCCUGUCUUCAGCAGCAUGGCUACAAGUACCUGAAGAUGGAUGGCGCGACUAGCGUGGGCUCCAGGCAGGGUCUGAUCGACACCUUCAACCAGGAUGUGAGCUACCAGGUGUUCCUGCUUACUACCCGUGUGGGGGGGCUGGGAGUGAACCUGACGGGGGCCAACCGGGUGAUUAUCUACGACCCCGACUGGAACCCUGCCACGGACAGCCAAGCCCGGGAACGCGCCUGGAGAAUCGGCCAAGACAGACCGGUAACUAUCUACCGGCUGCUGUGCGCGGGCACUGUAGAGGAGAAAAUGUAUCAAAGGCAGGUUUGGAAGCAGCUGCUCAGCAACAAGGUGCUGAUUGACCCGACGACAAACAAAUUCUUCAAGUCCUCCGAUCUUUUCGACCUGUUCUCCCUGCCGGAAUCACCCAAGGCCAGCAUUGAAACUGCCAACAUUUUCCGGGAGUCUCGAGUGAAAAUCAUGGAGAAGAUUAAGCGGAACGAAACGCCUGAUGUAGAUGAAUCGGAGAAGGUGCGCGCUAUGAGGGCGCUGGCGCGCAAGAUCUCCCAGAGUCUCACCAAGGAGCCGGCGAUAGACGCAUAUCGGCUGGAGCUGGAGGAGGAGCGCCAGCAGAAGCUGCAAGAGAAAGCGAAACUCAAGCAUCUCACCGCGCAAGAGCUGGUGGAAUUCAACCGACUCAAAACCGCCGUACGGGAGGAUGAAGACAAAAACACCCUGGACGGGGACGUGGCCGGGGGCAGCUUCGAGGAGGCGUUAGAGCGAAGCUCCAAAUCGGCCGCCCUCUACCGCAAGAUCACCACCAAGCAAAUCCGCCCCUCCGAGUUGAAGGCUUUGAAAGCCAAAGGCAGAAAACGGCGGUGCUCGAUGUCCCCGGACACUUCAGGAAAAAUCGACGGCCAGCUGGUUAAAGGCCUGGUGAAACGGGAGACAAAAGCGCCGCCUAAGCGUCAUAAACCCAGCAAGGGUGACUACAUUUUGGAGCACCUUUUCUCCAAAAAGGGCGUCGCUGCUGCCCUGGAGCAUGAGUCAGUGCUGAGGGGCGGCCAAAGACAGCAAAGCUUGAAAGUGCGCAGCCACGCUGAUGAAAAGGCCGUUCAGGCAUUGGAUGCCCUCAAAAAGUCGCGGCGCUUGAAGGAGUGGAAGUGGUAGGAGUGGAUCUUUUUGGAAACCCCCUCGAAUUCUUUGUGAUAACGGAUUAUUAGUUUAUACAAAAAUCUCACAGCGCAUUUGUACUGCCGUCGGCGCCUAUUUAGAUCUGGGCUGUGGCGCUUUGGUUAAUAUUUUAUAAGUGUUUUUCGAUAAGAUGUAACUCAGAGCAGCUGCGACUGUUGUGCCAGCAGUAACAUACCUGUAGAGAAUAAACAAAGUGAUAAAA